ACCUCAAUCUCAAUCAGCACCGAAACAGAACAGCACGGAAAAAAGAAAAAACGGGACAUUCAGUCGCGUCCGUGACAGUGACCGAUGCUCGCCAUUCCCUGGCCGCCGGCACCCUGCGCCCCGCUCAUCCCGCUGUAAAAGCAGCUCCGCGCCGGGGCAGUCCGGACGCUUUCUCUCCCCUCCCUCCGCCGUCUGGACGGCAGUUUCUUCCCUGGAUGUUGGAUGAACGAUCGGAGAGUUGUGAACAAGUGUGAGAAGAACGCCGAGGCUUCGGGAUCUGCCUCCCCGCUCCGUCCAGGGAAGACGAGACUCAGCCAGAGUUGUGGACAAUGGAGGGGACGUCCCUGUAUCUUCCUAUUGUUGUUUUACUGAUGCAAUGUUCCCCCUCUGUUCCCGUGACCGUGUCGACCAACAGACAUAAGGUGGAGGUAGAGGAGUUCUCAGAUGCAGUGCUGUCGUGCCUGUUCCACACAGAGAACGACCAAAACCCGCGAAUCGAGUGGAAGAAGAAGGCAAAAGAGGUCUCGUUUGUCUACUUCAACGGACGCUUCAGAGGUCCCUUCGAAGGCCGAGCAACCAUUGAUGGGGCGACAGUGACGCUGCACAAGGUGACCCAGGAGGACGCCGGAGAGUACCGCUGCGAGAUCAGUGCUUCCCAAGACGCCGUCAGCCUGGGCGAGACCAACAUCACUCUUAAUGUCCUAGUGCCCCCACAAACCCCCUUAUGUGAAGUCCCCGCCUCGGCUGUGACGGGCUCGGUGGUGCAGAUGCGCUGUCGGGACCAACAGAGCGUCCCACCUGCUACAUACUCCUGGUUCAAGGACAACAAGCCAAUCAGCCCGCCCCGUCACGCCAACGCGACCUAUCUAAUCAACUCCCACACGGGAAUACUGGAGUUCAAAGCUGUGGCCAAAGAGGACAGUGGUCUCUACAGCUGCCUGGCAUCCAAUGGGGUGGGAUCGCCCAAAAUGUGUGUGGGCAAGCACAUGGCGAUAGAGGACGUCAACAUCACUGUAAUCGUGGGAGCCGUGGUGGUGGUCUUCCUGAUCCUCGUGGUCUGUGGCUGCGGCGGGAUGCUUUUGCACCGUAAUGGCUUACUCACCCAAGGACCCAGAGGGAGGUCAUUUUGGAUCUCCCAGUGUCACGGUGCAGCCCACAUCAGCAGCCAAACCCUGCACAGAACAGAAGACACGUCUAAUGUCAACUAUAUCCCCCCACCCCAAGAACACCAGGAUUUCAAACACACACAAUCAUUCAUGCUCUAAGAAGCUGGCUCUCCUACGACGGGCAAUAAAUCCCCCCCUCCUGUGAUGAGGUGCCAACUAUGGAUUCAGAUAACUUUCCCUGCUUUUGGAGUCGGACCGACCUUUUGAUCUUCGCUUUAUUGUCAUUUUAUUUUAAGUUUUUACUUUUGCUUUUUGUACUUUUACCCAUCAACAUCCCCUGCUCUCACGGGACUAAAUGCAGCGUUGUGGUACUCUGCUGCCCCCUACUGGUUAGAUCUUGAACGUGGUCCUUUGAGGAUUGGCAGACUUGAUUUUAUUUUAUCAAAGUCGGAUGUUUAAUUCAAGUGACUCUUAUUUCUGUUUUAGAAACUAAAUCUAAGGGGAAUUCUCUGAAGCCAUACUGAAUUAUGUCAGUUGUUUCCUGACAACUCAGACUUAAAUACAGCUUACCUCCAGUCAGUAUUGUGUCUUCUGUCUCAGGCCCAAUCAUCAUUAAAACCCCCUCUCAUGAUCUUAGUAAUAACAGGAGGAAUAGUCCAACUCAUUCUACUUGAGACCAACCCCAUUCCAUCCUGAUGUGCCUGCAUGGUCUUCUUUUAUAAAUGUAUACAUCUAUCUACAGUAUACCUUGUGCCUUUUUAAUUUGACUGUCAUAUCGAUCUCGGGAUCACACUUUUUUGUAAACAAACUUGCCUUACUUUUCUGUCUUUAUAUAUUCUUGUGCCACUGUUUAUCGAAUGAUGUGUGGAUGACUUGACAGAGUUUUAUUUGAAUGGUGGAUCAAUAAUAAAAGUUUUUCUAUUAAACUAUA